AAAAAAAAAGAAAAGGAAAUAUCGCAGAACAGAGAGAGAGAGGAACGAGAGCUUGCUGAGAAGAAAAAGAAGCAAAAACCCAGAAACCAAACCCCCAAAAGGUCAGUUUGCUGAUACUCUGAUACUGUUCCUGCUUUCCAUUUCACUUUCUCUCUCUACAAUCAAUCUCAUGGGAGAGAGAGAGGGAGAGAGUAAAUGCUCUUCAACGACUUUCACAUUUCGAUCCACCGACGAUCUCUUUGUUUCCAAUCUACAGGAAAAAAAACACUCAAUUUUAAUGCAAGCUAGAUCCGACUCUGAUUCACCUCUCGACUCGUUAAUUCACUGCCCAAGCUUUGUUCAAUCUUCAGUUUCAGUGUGAUUUUAUAGCUCAAUCGCUUGCAACGAGCUCUUGAGUUACGUGUUUUGAAACUGUUUCUUUUCUUUUCUUUUCUUUUUUUACAUCAACAACUGUGAAUUUGUUGAAAUGGCAGUUCUUUGCUUGUAAUUUGGUCUCUGGAGAGUGCUCUGCAGUAUGGAAGUGUUCAAUUAGGGUUUGUUUUGGUGUGACUAUCUGAGAAAUCUAGGGUUCGUGAAAGUUGUUUGAUUGAUGUGUAGAUAUGGUUGUUAUGGCUUUGCAUUUCAAGCGGCACUGGAAUUUCAGUUAUUAUGAUGAUUUUUGACUUUGUUGAGUGAGUUUCGAGCCAAUUUAAGUGCAAGAUAAAUUUUUUAUGGAAAUGGAAGUGAAGUUGAUUGCGUUUGAGUUCAUUUUGACACUCAUAAUGAUAGCAAUUGGGACUUGAGUUUGGUUCUGGUUAUCGAUUAGGAGGGUUUAGUGAGGUUUUCCAUUUGGGUUUUAUGAAAGGUUUGGAGUGUUAGUUAUUGUGCAGUGAAAUAGGGAGGUGGAGAUGCCUCCUUCUCCAGCAAUGAGGUGUUCCCCUGGGAGGGAGAUCAGAGGGGAUAAUCACAGAAGAGGGCGCAGUCUUGAGGGCGGGAUGCUCCUCAGGGAGAAAGAUGACGAUCUUGCUCUGUUCAAUGAGAUGGAGACCAGAGAAAGAGACAGUUUCUUGCUUCAAUCAAACGAAGAUUUUGAAGAUACAUUCUCCACGAAAUUGAGAUACUUGUCAGAUUACAAGCUUGGAAUUUCCAUUCCUGCACGAGGCGAGAGUAGUGACCUGCUUAAUGCGGAUGGGGAGAAGAAUGACUAUGAUUGGUUAUUAACUCCUCCCGACACCCCUCUCUUCCGUUCUUUGGAUGAUGAGACACCUCCAGUUACACUUCCACAGAGGGGAAGAGCUCGAAGUCAACCCAUCACAAUCUCAAGGUCAUCCACGAUGGAGAAGAGUCACAGAAGUAGUAGAGGUAGUGCAAGUCCAAAUCGCUUAAGCCCAUCUCCUCGGUCUGGGAAUAGCACUUUUCAAACGAGGGGAAGGCCAUCUUCGGCACCACAUUAUAGUCAAACUCCUAGCUUACGCCAUGCUACCCCAGUGCGGAGACCAUCUCCCCCAACGAGUAAACCAUCAUCACCUGCUCCAAGGUCUUCAACACCAACUCAUCGGAAAAUGAGCCCAGGAUCUAGUAGUACCGUGUCCUCAUAUGGGGUAAGGGGUACCUCCCCUCUGAAGACAAGUCGAGGUAACUCAGCAUCACCAAAAAUAAGGGCAUGGCAAACAAAUAUUCCAGGUUUUUCCUUGGAUGCACCUCCUAAUCUACGUACUUCAUUGGCUGAUCGACCUGCAUCAUAUGUGAGGGGUUCCUCACCAGCAUCCAGAAAUGGCAGGGAUUCAUCCUCCAGAUCUGGAAGGCAGUCGAUGUCUCCAACUGCUUCUAGAAGCAUCAGUUCAUCGCAUAGUCAUGAUCGGGACCGAUUUAGCUCCCACAGUAAAGCUUCUGUUGCAUCAUCUGGUGAUGAUGAUGUUGACUCUCCACAAUCUGUUCCUAUGAGUAGCUCAGACCGCUCAGCUUCGAGGAGAAUUGGUGCAUUUCCAAGUAAUAAAGCUCCAGCAUUUUCCAAGAAGCCAACUAAAACAAUGCUAUCGAGUUCUGCUCCAAAAAGAUCCUUUGACUCAGCACUUCGACAAAUGGAUCAUCGGAAAAGACCUCAGGAUAUGUUCAGGCCACUCUUAUCUAGUGUGCCCAGUUCCACCUUUUAUGUUGGAAAAGCAAGUGCUGCACAUCGUGCCAUGAUAUCCAGGAACUCCUCUGUCACAACUAGCAGUAACGCAAGUUCUGAUCAAGGUACAAGUGGUGCACAUGAUACUGAAGAAAGUGACCAUAACCAGGAUGAUAUGGCUAGUGAAUGUGGAAAGUCACCAUAUCCUGAUGUUCAGGAUGAUGUAUUUGGUUUUGAGAAGGCAGAUGCUGUAACUGAAGAUGUCAGUCAUGUUUUUCAUGAUGGGUCACCUGAUGUCCAGCGCAAUGAAUUUAGUGGAGAUGCUAAAGAUGAUUCUCUACUCGGUGACUCCAGAAACUUCGACUACCAUAGCACUGCUAUGGAAAUCACGGAAGCUUCUGAAGGUUUGGAGGUGAAGGGUAAUUUUUCAGAAGGUUAUAGUAUUGAAGAUAUGGCAGUCUGUUCUAGAUGUUGUCGUGGGUAUCAUGCCAUUGAAUUAACAGAGGGAGACUUGAAACUUUGUCCUGACUGCAGGAGUUCAGACAAACCUUUGACUGUCACUACUCCAGCUCCAACCAUAAUAGUUUCUGAGAAUUUCCCAAGUCCUUCUAUGGAGAUUUCAGUUGAACAUAAGUCAUUUGAUGCAAUGGAUCCGGUGACUGCUGUAUCUGAAUCUUCAGAAGUGAAUAAUGCGGCUGAAACAAGGGCUGCUCAACAUGAGGAGCAUGUUCAGGAAAGCCAGACUUCCUUUGCCGAACUGAGCCUGAAUUUAUUAUCCGAAAAUUCUCUUACACAGACACUGUCAGAGGAAGAAAUGAGGAGGUUAGAAAACCAGCAAGUGAUGGACCAACCGACUGUAGGCUAUAACCCAUCUGAUGGUGACAAUGGGGCUCAGCAAAUGCAGCACUUAAGUGACUAUCCAAAUUUAAAGCUUCAUGUUUCAGAAGGCACAGGCAUUUCCAUACUGCUGAAGAGGUCAAGCAGCAGUAAGGGGCCUGUUGUCCAAGGCAGGACUUUUACUGCCACUAGCAUUCCAUAUGAUGAUCUAUCCUAUGUGAGAGACAGUGCAACUAGUAUGAGAAGCUCCCUUGGACUGGGCAGCGUCUCUGCAUCAUCCUCUGUGGAUUUAGGCUCAGCUAGGCAAACAGAGACUCGUGUUCGUCGGCAGUUAAGUGGCAAGAAAUCUGACAUUGAAACGUACAGGUAUGACAUAAACACAAAGCACCAACGCACAGGGUCAUCUUUGUCUGGAACUCCAAGUCAUGCUUUCCAAGGUUUGGGUCUUGCAACGAGCAUGAAUGAAGAAAAUAUGGAGGUUGCUGUUGCCCGUGUCGAAAAUGAGGCUGUAGGUGUAACAAAUGGCACUACUAAAGAACAGUUGCUGGUUUCAGAAAGUGCAGGAGUAGAUGAUACAUGCACUGAAGUUGAAUGCAGCAAUCACCGUGGAACAAUGAUUGCUUCUACCUCAGAAUUGUCAACACAAACCCUAAACAACCAUUUAGGAGACAGUUCAGUUGCUUUGUUUUCAAGUGUUGAAGAUUCUAUUUCAUAUGGGAAUGGUGAAGGCUUCCAAAAUGGCGCGAGGAGCAUCUCGGAUCAAGGAGCAUCGGCUGCGACUCCAGAACCUUCUACAGUAGAGGAAGAUACCAUGCCAAAUUCUAUUGUUGAUAGGGUGGAUGUUGCAGAUGUUCUCACUCAGAGCUCAUUGGAUACAAUAUCGGAAAUAGAAAUUGAAAAUGACGAACUGGGUUCGCCUGGUUCUCAGUCUGAUGUCGUUUCCACAAAUUCAAAGAGCUCCAUGGAUGAGUUACUGGAGCCUUUUGUUGCUACCACAUCUGAUAAGGAUAUAACAACUUCAGUUGCAGAGCUUGACACCUUGGAUCAUCCACAUGGCAUCCUUGAUGAAUCAACUAUAACAGCCAAGGGCCAUGGUGGCACCAACACAAGAAACCUGACAUUGGAAGAACCAAGUGAUACAAUACUCAUCUGCAGCUCUAUCAUUCAUGAUCUGGCCAACGAGGCUGCAACCAUAGCAAUGGAAAAGGAAAACUCCCUCCCAUUGGAGGGCUCACACCCAAUGGUCACCAUAUUAGGAAAUUCCAAUUCCGAUAUAAAGGCUCCACGUGGCAGAACUGCCGGCAAACGCACUUCAAAGUCCCGAAAAGCAAAGCAGAGGCGUGUGGAAACCGACGCAAAACCUGCCCCUUUUGUUGACAAUGAUGAGAAGGUAGAUGUAUCUACUAUGUGCAUUGUCGGGGCUCCCAAUAAGAGUGAUAGUAUGAAGCCUGAAAAGCUUGAGUCCAAGUGCAAUUGCACGGUAAUGUGAAAAUCUCCAUGUCUGCCAUCGCUCGGUGCUUGUUUUAUUUAUUUUUUAAAAUAUUUGGGGAAUGUUUGGGUGAUUGCCAAUUGGUUUUUGAUUGGUUCAAAAUUUAUUUUGUAAGAAGCAUAACUGUCUUAUUGGUGACACGAUGAUCAUUGUAAAGUGUUCUAAUUUUUAUUAGGCUGAUAAAUAGUGAGAGAGGGCAUUGGAGGUUCAUUGCCUAUUCUUGUUAGUGUUUUGUGUUCAAUUUCUAGUCCUCCAUUAGAGAGAAGUGUGAAUUCUUUUUAUUCUGGUGUUAGAGAGAUGGUGUGAAUUCAAACCCAAUUCAUUCA